AUGGCGUAUAAGCUUAGUUCCACGUUAUCAGGACACGAACAGGAUGUCAAAGGUCUAACGAGCACCGAGUUUGGCGAUUUGCCAAUACUUGUUUCCCUGCUGAGAGAUUCCACGACAAGAGUAUGGCACAAUAUCAAUGCAUCUACUACUUUCGAAUGCCAAAUUGUCUUUCUAUCGCCAACAAAAUCCUUUCUAAAUUCCACUGCAAUUGUGCCAUUUGCCGGGGAUUUGCAGGAGCAGCAAUUUGUCGCAAGCGGAGGACAAGAUGCUAUGAUUUAUUUAAAUGAUUUACAUGCCAGUGGCAAGGAAGCGGAAUAUCAAUUGAUUGGCCAUAAAGGAAAUGUAUGUUCGUUAAGCUAUGCACAUGGACUAUUAGUGUCUAGUUCUUGGGACUGUACUGCUAUUGUAUGGAAUUUGAAGGAGUUUUCACCCUUGUAUGUGUUGAAGGGACACGAAUUGCCAGUAUGGGAUGUUAAGGCUGUUAAUUCACAACAAUUUUUAACUGCUUCUGCAGAUAGGAGUAUCAGGUUGUGGAACAAGCAACACGAAGUUUUAAAGUAUCUGGGACACAAGGAUGUUGUCAGGAAACUCUUAAUUUUACCCAACGGAAAAGAGUUUGUAUCUUGUUCAAAUGAUGCAACUAUACGGAUUUGGAAUUUGCAAACAGGAGAAACUGUCAAAGUUUUAUAUGGUCAUGAGUCAUUUAUUUAUGACUUGGCACUCUUACCUAACGGAAACUUGGUCUCCACUGGUGAAGACCGAAGUGUUCGCGUUUGGGAUAUAGUCACUGGGGAAGUUUUACAAGUUAUAACUUUGCCGUGUAUAUCAGUUUGGUGUAUUGCUGCUUUGCCAAACGGGGACUUUGCAGUUGGUGGCUCAGAUACUCAAAUUAGAGUUUUCACUCAAGAUACAAAUAGAACAGCGUCUAGUGAAGAGCUACAUGAGUUUGAAAAGUCUGUGCAAACAUCGUCGAUAUCUGAACAAUCGCUCGAUGAUUUGAAAAGAACAGAUAUCCCGGGAAUUGAAGCCCUUUCGAAACCAGGUAAGAAAGAAGGCUCCACUAUUAUGGUUAAAACAUUAGAAGGUACAAUAGAAGCACACCAGUGGUCAGGCGGUCAGUGGCACAAGAUAGGUGAUGUUGUUGGCGGUGCAUCGAAUUCAAGCUCCAAGAAAAUUCUCGACGGUAGGGAAUACGAUUAUGUGUUUGACGUUGAUAUUAAGGAUGGAGAGCCGCCUUUAAAGUUGCCAUUUAACUUGAAUGAAAAUCCGUAUAAUGUUGCAACAAAGUUUUUAGCUGAUAAUGAUUUACCAGCAUCGUAUACCGAGGAAGUCGUCAGAUUUAUAGAAACAAACACAGCUGGAGCGAACAUUACUGAAGGAGCGUCACUGGCAUCAGCGCAAAGUGGCACUUCUGAUAUUGGACAGCAAUUUUUAAAUGAUGAUCCUUACUCGGAUGCGUAUUCCAGGAAACAAAAACAGGCAGCAGGUGGCGAGUCUGCACGGACUACUUCAGUGUUGCCAGUUAAGGUAUACAUUACUUUCAAUGAUUAUAAAAAGGAAUUAUUGAUCAAUGGGUUGAACAAGCUCAAUCUGACUCAGGAGAAUAAUCAGUUAUCCGCACUGGAUAUAUCGCAAGUUGAAGAGUUUCUUAGCCAUCCAACCUCAGGUGAGGCCGUGGAGAUAAUUACCAAUUUUGCAAAUACAAUUAUUCAGAAAUGGACGCCCUCAUCGUCAACUUUGAUUGGGUUUGAUUUGUUAAGAGUUUGUCUUCCAAAUGUUAAAACUGUUGACCUUGUAAAAUCUUUGACGAUAACGACAACAACGACAACAACAACAACUCUGGCGACAAAUGUAGCCGAAGUGUUUGCAAAACAGCUUGAAAGGGGUUUAGAUCUUGCGAAUUCCCUGAAUGCAGCAUUAUUGAUGAUGAUUUUAAAGGUCUUGUGUAAUAUAAUAGGUAGCACGUUGUUUCUUCAACUAUUCAUUGACCCAAUAGAGACUGGGCUUUUUGAAUAUAAUUCAAUAUUGCAAAAUCACUUGGAUAAAUUAUCCGAAAGAAUCAACCAAAGCGAUCCCAAACACAAAUUGUACGCUUCAUUAAUAACGGCGUUGGCAUCAUUUGCCUACGAUUUAUCAGUUUACCACCUAAGGACUGAGGGCUUGCAAAAGAACAAACAAUCUGCAAUCCCUGUACUUAAAUUUUUGGACGCGAUUGGAGAUAAAGUAGUCGAGUCCUCGCCCGAAGCCACUUACAGGUUGGCAAUAGCCUAUGGAAAUUUCAAAUUUGCCAGGGCUUGCGAUGAUUCCAAGACGCCUACAUGGAUUACGAGAAUGAAAGAACUAUACGUUGAAAACGGAGAAACGAGAUUUAUUGAGUUGGCAACUGACCUUGGAAAGUUGCAAUAG